GGAAAGCAGUCAACACAGAAGCAAACACAACCUUUGCCAAUUCCUUUGGGAGGAUAAAACUCUGAUUUGCUCAGUCACCUUUGGGCAAGGGUGAUGGAAUUCUGACUGCUGCUUUGCCAUCACUCAUUACCUCUUUCAUUCCUGGUCUACUCCCCACAGCCUUCCAGGGCAAUUCUGAUCUCCAUCCAGUGUACUCGCCUCAGUCUUUUGCUCCACUGCUCUACAGCACUUUCCCUGUAUUCUUUUAAAAUCUUCUCAUUGUUCCUUUAUAUCUCAUCUACUCGCACUCUGUGCUCAUGUCUGUUCCCUGCUCAAAUCCCUGUCCUCACUCAUAUUCCUUCAUCUACUUGACCAGCCUUUCUACACAAUUCCUUUUCUUUGUCUCCCCACUGAUCUGUUAUUCAUCGUUUGAGCCUAUUUCAUCCUUCUCUUAAUAUAUUUGGAGAAGCAUACCUACAGAUAAAUGACAGCAUAACAGAAGCAGCUUUGCUGGGAUUCCACUCUUCUAAUGGGCAUGUGCAAACAUUUUGCACAUUAUCAUACAUUUUCCAGCAAGACUGGUCUCUUUGUUACAAAGGGACUCAAGACUGAGCAUUUCAUAGAAGCACCACCCAUGAAACUUCUACUGGUUCUAGUGUUUAUGUCCACCCUGUUGGACAGUAGCUACUCCUUCCAGAACUGUACCAACCCAUGCCACGAGCAUGCAAAAUGUGAAAUUCGUAAUGGAGUUCAUGGCUGUUAUUGUAGCCCAGGAUUCACUGGACCUGGCAUAAAAGGACCUGGCAUAAAUGGAUGUUACGAUGACAAUGAAUGUGCAAAUGCCACACAACUUUGUGGAGAAAAUGCUAACUGUACAAAUACUGUGGGAAGUUAUUAUUGCAUGUGUGCACCUGGAUUCCAGUCUAGUAAUGGCAAUACCACCUUUGUGACCAAUGAUGGGACUUCUUGUAAAGAUAUAGAUGAGUGCAAUGAACCAGCAACCGCUACCUGUGGAGAUCAUGCGAAAUGUGAAAAUGUGAAUGGAGGAUAUAACUGUUCCUGUAAGGAAGGUUAUCAACCAUCCACAGGAAAAUUACAGUUUAAGCCAAAUGACGGCACUUCCUGCCAAGCAGAAAUCCCAACACCAAAGUGUGAAUUGAACUAUGUCUGUAUAGCUCAAAAUAUUAACAGAACUUUAGCUAAAAUUAGAAAAAUAAAAGGACCCUUGGCUAUACUACAAGAAAUCAAUCAAAACACUGUAGGACAAAUUUCACCAGUAGAUGUGAUUUCCUACGUUGAAGCAUUAUCUGAAUCUUCUCCCUUACUAAGCACCAUGAAUAACACGAUUUCUGACAAUGAAAUGCUCUAUAAUCGAACUCUUAACGAAUUUGUUAAUACUCUGAACAAUUUUGUACAGAAGGAUAAAAUUGCAGCGUGGGAAGCUAUCCCAGAAGAUAACAGAAAAAGAAGUCUCACUAAACUGAUGCAUGCUGCGGAACAAACCACGGCUCUUGUGUCCCAGAGCUUCCAAAAGAUGACAGAAGUAGAGGUUAAUGCUAGUGAUUUAGCUCUCAAAGUUCUUGCCUUUGACAUGCAACGCAUGCAGCGCAUUCACCAACUUGUAUACAUGGGCGGAGACUCUAUAAAGGUCUCUGCAAAGAAAAAGGAAGCAUCUACUUCUAAAGGCACUGUUGCAGUUGUGUUUCUGCGGUACAGCAACAUUGGCUCUCUGCUCUCAUCAUCCCAGAACGUCACAUCAUUGGAAACUUCAGAGCAUCGAGAGAUAGUAGGCUCAUCAGUUAUAGCUGUUGCAAUUAACUCCAUGCCACCUAUGCUCUAUCCAGUUGAGAAAAUAACAUUGACUUUAAAACAUGCACAGACUGUAGACAAAAAAGAUGUCAAGUGUGCAUUUUGGAAUUAUUCAGAAGACACAAUGGAAGGAAACUGGUCCACAGAAGGAUGUGAACGGACACAUUUCAAUAGCACUCAUACCUCAUGCACAUGUAAUCAUCUUACCCCUUUUGCUGUUUUGAUGUCCUCAAAUAAUUCUGAAGUUGAUGACAAGGAUUAUUAUAUUCUUACAAGAAUCACUCAGCUCGGAAUAAUUAUCUCAUUGAUCUGCCUCUCCAUGUGCAUUUUCACGUUCUGGUUCUUCAGUGAAAUUCAAAGCACAAGGACAACAAUUCAUAAAAAUCUCUGUUGUAGCCUUUUCCUGGCUGAGCUUAUUUUUCUUGUUGGAAUUAACAUGAGCAGUAAUAAGCUAUUCUGUUCAAUCACUGCUGGAUUACUCCAUUACUUUCUCUUAGCUGCCUUUGCGUGGAUGUGUAUUGAAGGCAUUCACCUGUACCUUAUAGUGGUCGGAGUAAUCUACAAUAAAGGAUUCUUACACAAGAAUUUCUAUAUCUUUGGCUAUGUGAGCCCAGCAGUGGUAGUUGGCAUUUCUGCAGCAUUGGGAUCCAAAUACUACGAAAGAACUGAUGUAUGUUGGCUCAGCACAAAGAACAACUUUAUAUGGAGUUUUAUAGGACCGGCAUGUCUGAUCAUUCUUGUUAAUUUGAUUGCUUUUGGUGUCAUUAUAUAUAAAGUAUUUCGACAAACAGCCAUGUUGAAGCCAGAAGUCAGCUGCUAUGAAAAUAUAAGAUCUUGUGCUCGAGGGGCUCUUUCUCUCCUCUUUCUCCUUGGGGCUACCUGGAUCUUUGGCGUGCUCCAUGUCAUCCAGGGAUCAGUGGUCACAGCAUACCUUUUUACAAUCUUCAAUGCAUUUCAAGGAUUGUUCAUCUUCAUCUUUCUUUGUGUUUUAUCACGAAAAAUCCAGGAUGAAUACUUGAGGUUGUUCAGAAAUGUCCCUUGCUGUUUUGGAUGCUUAAGGUAAAUUGAUGGAAAGUGUCGAUGAGCAGCACCGUGGAAGAAAGGAGAAAGCGGGAGGCUUUAGAAAAAUUGCUGUAUUGUGAAAGUAUGAAAUGAGCUACUGAGCUGACAUCUCUCUUAAAUCAAUUACUUUCUCUCCAGUAUAGGUAUUGUACUUAAAUGUGCACUGAGGAACACUGUAUUGUGUACAAACAUCAUAUCUGUACAAGACAGACUGGUGUAUUGUGUAACAAAUAAAGCUUCUUAAAAAGCUCAGGACUCUUCAGGUCUAAUGGCUGUAGCUCAAAAGGGAUCAAACUCAAUGUGUAAAGCCAUUUUUGUGAGUAGCUUUGCUAUUAAUGUCAUACCUGCUGACUUGGAAGUGAAAAUAAUUUUGGUUAUUGCUGUUUAAAGAGUAAAUUCCAUUAGAAUGUUAAUAAAAAGAUUUGACUUUUAUCAAAA